AUGGGGUCGCCCAGUGACCAGGGCAUGUCCGGCUUGGAGAUGGCAGUGGUGUCCGGGCCACCCACGGAGCUGAUGCCAACCGGGCCACCAGCCCAGAUAUUCACCAUGAAUAUCGGCUCGAAGUUCAUCUCGGCCACGCAGAACGCGGAGAAAGCUAAGUUGGUAAAGGCGUACUCAUGCCCGCUUUACCUGUUCUUAAGUCUCUCGUGCGCAUGCAUCUCUCUCGCGCUGGUGCUGUGCACGGCGCUCGUACUCUACUUCUCGCUCGUGUUCAAGAGCGGCGAGUUCAACAUCGUCGACAGAGCCCCUCACGAGUGGAACAUCACCCGUGAAGACUGGCUGGCGCGCGACCACACGGACAACACCACGGUGGCACGAUUCGCGCCGCUCAAGCUGGUGGUGGUGCAACACACCGUCGGCCCCGAAUGCCACCGAUUCACCAACUGCGCCACGGUGCUACGGAGCUUACAGAGGUACUACUUGGAUUCGAAGGAUCUUGGCUACGAUAUACCGUAUAACUACUUGAUCGGCAACGAUGGACGCGUGUACCAAGGCCGCGGUUGGAACCGAGAAGGAGCGCACACAUAUGGCUACAAUCGGUGCUCCCUCGGCGUCGCUUUUAUAGGAAACUACAGUGAAGAGCUAACCAUUCACAGCCGCGUGAGCGAACUGCAGCUGCAGCGGUUUAACAUGCUGCUGGAAGACGGCGUGGUCUUGGGCUUCCUCCGCCCUGACUACACCAUCCUGCCAGCGAUGGAUGUCCGGAACACCACUAGCCCCGGGAGCAACCUCUACCGAGCAUUACAGAACUUUGAUCACUACGAGAGAACCCAUAGUUUUAGGGGCAUGGACUGUGAGGCGAUAUACAAUAAAUUAGGUUUACCUUAUCAUUUAUGA